GUGAAGAUUCGUGAAGCAUUUCCUCCACUUCCUUGGAGGAAGCACGACUCGGUUUCCUAGCAACUCGCGCGGCAUACACAAAACUUUCAGGUCAUUUCAUUCGACUGUUGAUGUUGUCGGUGACUAGAAGGCGGUGGAGUGUUGGUGUUUUAUUUUUGGAAAUAUGGGCUGUUCAACAACCGUCGUCAAAUAUCUCGUAUUCUUCUUCAAUUUAGUGUUCGCUAUCGCUGGCGCCGGUCUUCUCGCUUUGGGCAUCCUUCUCAAGUUGAAAAACAAUGACAUUCAAAACUUCAUUCCAGACAAAUACCAUCUCAGCCUACCACCGGUUUUACUCAUCAUCAUCGGCUCGAUUAUCUUCGUUACAGCUUUCUUCGGAUGCUGCGGAGCUAUCAGAGAGAGCACAUGCAUGUUAACAACAUUCGCCAUUAUAUUGCUGACACUUUUGAUUAUCCAAAUCGCCAUCGGGGCUUACGCCUUUUUGCAAGUUGGCGACACUGCAGAUAUGAAAUCUUCAGUAACGCAAACGGUCGAAAAGUCGUUUAAUCAAUACAACACGUCGAAAAGCGCUCAAGCAGAGUUCGAUUUUCUUCAAAACUUUUUGCAUUGUUGCGGUGUCGAGAGCGUCUACGACUGGAAAUGGGAGGGUGGUAAAUUGCCCAUGUCCUGUUGCAACAAUAACAAAAACUGUACCAUUGGGUCGACUAACGCGUAUAAAGACGGUUGUGGUAUCAAAGCCUACCAGUGGUUCAAAAAUGGAUUAGAUCUACUGGGGAUUUUAGCGGUGGCUAUAGCGUCCAUCGAGAUUAUCGGUGCCAUAUUCGCAUUGUGCCUUUCGAGUUCUAUCAAAAAUCAAUUGCGGCGUGAAGCCUACGCUUAAAUACUUAAUAUUGACUUUAUUGUGAUUUCUAUCACUGAAAAGUCUAGAUGUAUAAUUUAAAUGUUUGUUCAUUCACUAUAAGCUUUAUGCAAGAGUAUUACUAUGUAAAUAAAAUGUUUACUAGGGCAAUGUACAAAAAUCUCAUCUCACGUUCUUUAAUCACCUCUAUUCCACGAAACUCAUUUUACUACUUUACAGUGUCAAAUUAAAUGUGAUAAUUUUUAUAUUUUUUUUUCGGACUGACGUUAGCAGUUAGAUUUCUACCAAAGAGAAAGUGCACAUUUAUCUCACUUUGUUGGUAUAUUUUGUAUAAUUUUUAACCGAAUAAAGUUCUAUAUAUGUGUAAAAA